AUUAUUAGUUUCCAAAUCUUGAUUAGCAGGCAUUUAUUUAUUUGAAAUAUAUAAAUAAAGAAAGCCGAAGAACAUCGAAAGCAUUAUUCGCUCUGUCCAAAAGAAAACGUUUGGACCUCCCACAUGCCUUCUAGAUCUCCACGCAAAUAAAACCCACGUGUCCUCCUCUUCAUCGUCUUCAUAAGGGUAAAUAUACCUUCCUCCUCCUCUGGAGCUGAACAUUUUGACUCACCCUCUCUCUCACUCAAUUUCAACUGCAAUUCAAUGUCGUCGAACAAUAUGCAGUACAAGAAUCUGGGCCGCUCGGGGCUCAAGGUGAGCCAGCUCUCGUACGGAGCAUGGGUCAGCUUCGGCAACCAGCUCGACGUCAAGGAGGCCAAGUCUCUCCUCCAGACCUGCCGAGACCACGGCGUCAACUUCUUCGACAACGCCGAGGUCUACGCCUCCGGCCGCGCCGAGGAGAUCAUGGGCCAGGCCAUCCGCGAGCUCGGAUGGAAGCGCUCCGACGUCGUCGUUUCCACCAAGAUCUUCUGGGGUGGGCCCGGCCCCAACGACAAGGGCCUCUCCAGAAAGCACGUCGUCGAAGGCACCAAGGCGUCGUUGAAGAGGCUGGAUAUGGAUUAUGUUGAUCUUAUCUAUUGCCACAGGCCGGAUGUCACUACGCCGAUUGAGGAGACGGUGAGGGCUAUGAACUAUGUGAUUGAUAAGGGUUGGGCUUUUUAUUGGGGGACCAGUGAGUGGUCGGCUCAGCAGAUCACUGAGGCUUGGGGGAUCGCCGAGAGGUUGGAUUUGGUGGGGCCCAUUGUUGAGCAGCCUGAGUAUAAUUUGUUGUCCAGGCACAAGGUUGAGUCUGAGUACCUCCCACUGUACACCAACUACGGUCUGGGUCUUACCACUUGGAGCCCGCUUGCUUCUGGUGUGCUCACUGGAAAAUAUAACAAGGGAAAUAUACCACCUGAUAGCCGAUUUGCAUUGGACAAUUACAAAAAUCUUGCUAGUCGAUCACUGGUUGAUGAGGUGCUGAAAAAGGUUAAUGGUCUGAAGCCAAUUGCAGAUGAAUUAGGUGUACCAUUAGCUCAACUUGCAAUUGCAUGGUGUGCUGCUAAUCCUAACGUCACAUCAGUUAUUACUGGUGCUACAAAGGAGUCCCAGAUUCAAGAGAACAUGAAAGCUGUAGAUGUAAUCCCUCUAUUAACUCCCGCUGUGAUGGAGAAGAUUGAGGCUGUUGUUCAAAGCAAGCCAAAGCGUCCAGAGUCAUAUAGGUAAACACUGUAUAUUUAUGGGCUCCACGUAUUUCUGCACAUUACACAGCAGACUAUGAUCUUCAAACAGACAGAAAUUUAAACUUAUGCCUUUGUAUUGUCGUCAGUUAAAUUGUCUGAUAUUCUUUCACGUCAAUGCUCGGACUAUUCCCUGGAUGCAAUUUGUAUGGUGUUUUAGCAAUGAACUUGUCUGUUUUCCAAAAACAAAAAAUUAAAAUUUUUUUGAUGUAUUGUGGAAUUGGGUUUAAAGAGAUUUUAAGAUUGUGAUAAA